AUGGGGUUAUGUGGAAAUCGUGCACAUUUGGAAUUUGAUAAAUGGACACCUCACACUUUUGAACCUACUCGGAAGAAACUUUCUCUAUGUUUAUUUAGCCAUGUUACCUGGAUGCAGUUCCUCAUGUUGCCAUGUUCAGCGUCCUAGGUGAUUGAGUGGAUUCUGCGGCUGCCUCUUUCAUCCUUGCUUUUAAAGUUUGUUGUAUCCCCUGUGGUCGUUAUUUUGUUGGAAAAUCAGUUAUUGUGCUUUUUCUUUCUGUGCCAUCUUGUGAAUUCUUCUUUUUUUUUUCUGAUUUUAUGCUUACCACAUUUUUGGUACCUCACUCCUAGACCUCAUCAGAUACUCUUGAAAUGUAUCACCGCUAUUACUACUAGGAUCAAUUUGGCAGUUGGUACCAUCUUAUUCAUGCAAACGAAUUGUCCAUUUGGGUGACCUAAUAAAUGAAAAAGCAUCCGUUAAAAUUCAAAAACAUAAUUAUUUUGGUUGCAUCAGUGGAUGGAGCUUACUUGAAUGGUCCAUUGAGAAAAACAGAAAGCUUUCUGCAAUUUUCUGGGAUCCAAUUUUUUUUUUAAUUUUUUCUAACAUGGAGUGACUUAUGUACACUUUUCAGACAUUACACAAAUAUUGGAAGAGGCAAAAAAUCGUUGGCUCCGUCCAAGUGAAGUCUGUGAAAUCAUUCGUAACUACCAAAGGUUCCAUCUCAAACCUGAUCCUCCUUACAAGCCAUCAGGUAACCUCUAUUGCUCUUUAGGUGCCUUCGUUUCUGUUUGAUUAUUGUUUAUUAUUUACGUAGAAGGAUAAAUCUUUCUCAGUGCAUCUGGUUAUCCCUUGGUUUCGGGAAAUAAAAGUAAAGUUGACAAUUAAGUUAUAGAUUUGAGGUUUUUGUUAUUUUAACCUUCUUUUUGGCUGUCACUCUAAGCCACCUUCUUGAUUCCAUCUUGUGUACUCGCUAUAUUUAUGUUUAUAGGUUCUUGGUGCUUGUGAAUGGAUGAUAAAAAUACUAUCAUUGUGCAUACUUGGUAUUUAAAGAUAGUUCUAUUUGUCAUUCUUUGGAUAUCCACUUAAUACGAUUUCUCCGUCCUUAAUAUAUUCUCUUAAAUCCUGUUCUUUAGGUGGGUCACUAUUUUUAUUUGAUCGAAAAGCUCUUCGAUAUUUCCGGAAAGAUGGUCAUCGAUGGAGAAAGAAAAAAGAUGGGAAGACUGUUCGAGAAGCUCAUGAAAAAUUAAAGGUAAAAAAUAUUUUAAAGGAGAACUCCACAGUUGGAUUUAAUCAUUCUUGAUAAACCUGUGGAAUUAUUCCAACUUCAAUUGCGUAGCUUAUUUCUUAUGAAACACUACCAUGAGGUUUGUAGUGUAUUUUACAUUUAUAUGCUGCAGUAUUCCAUAGAGAUUCACAAUAUUAGUGGGCGAGCUUGUAACAACCUCUCUCUAUCUGCGGUGACUUGAUCUGAAUAUUAGCGGGCGAACAUUACACUAAUUUAUCUCGAGGCCAUGUUCGCCUGGUUUCCUAGGUUAAUAACAAAUGGGCUAUCCAACUCCUUGAGGGGAUACAUUAACGGAGCAGCAAACAUAUGAUAAAAAUAAGCAGAAAAGUUUUAUAUUUUAUUUUCUUUGAAAUUUGGUACUCAAGAGGAUUAAUUUUGGCCUGAAAUUUGGAUCGCAGUUUACCUGAUUUCUAGAUUAAAUAUUUCUUUGGAUUUGAAUUUUCUUCUUUUUUAUGCCAAACAGAAAGCUUUUUUGCCCAGAGAAUUGAAAGAGAAUUACGUAAAUUAUUAUCUGUCCAGUUUCUGAUGUAAUUCAAAGGGUCUGAUGCAUCUUAACAUUUUAAUGUCCUGUUGAUGUACUUGCCUGACUACACAACCAUGCUUUAUUAUAUUGGAAGCAUGAGUAGUGUAUCAAAAAAAAAAUUAGUUCAUGUAUGCUUUAUCUUCUUAGAACAAUGUGCUGGUACAGUCUGGCAGUGUGGACGUUCUUCAUUGCUACUAUGCUCAUGGAGAGGAGAAUGAAAAUUUCCAGAGACGAAGUUAUUGGAUGCUUGACGGGUGAGUUAUGUUUUCUUUUGAUACCAGGGGACAUCUGAUACUCAUAUGUUAUGCAAUUAAGGUUUUAUGGACAAGUGGCCAUAGCAGUAUAUAUACCUCGCUGGCAUCUGUGUUACGUGCCUUUUGGGAUGAUAGAACAUGACUUGCCGGGUUUCUUGCUCUGCUUUAUAACUCUAGAAAAUGGUUUUUCGGUUAUACGCUCAGAUAUGAACCAUUACCAAAAAGAAAAUAAAUAAUUUCGUCAUGAAAUUUGCAAGUUAUAGAGUGAGAAUGGGGUCGGCAGCAUCUUUUCUGACUUGGGUUCUUUGUAGACACAUCUUUAAAUGUCAUGGAAUUUUUUCCAUUAUUUUUCUUAUAAUUUUUUUCUGUUCAAUCUUAACGUUACUUCCUUUAUGUUUCUAGUUCUAAUCUCUUGACCAGAUCAUUUUGUAUUUCGUGAACAUUGUCCAGUAAAAUAUGUAAUUAGUUUGUUACUGUUGAUAACUUUAUACUGAAUCCUUGCUUCCCUGAAUUUUUUUUGGCAAAAGUCUGUCUUAGCAGAAAAAUAGCCCUGGCUCAGAGAUCUUCAUCCGGGUUCAGUGAAUUACAUGACUUUUCUCGUAACACAGUCAAAUUACAAUAAGUUAUAAAUGACAUUUUUUUCAGUCAAUUAACAUGCCCUUCUUAUUUGGACUACCCAACAUGCUGCUUUUGAACCAUCAACGAAACUACCUUCGGGAGUUUUCUCGACCAUCUCAUUCAGAUGGGUUUUCCUUGUUGUCUUUCCCCAUAUAUUGUUGUCCUUGUCUUUGCCAAAAAAAUUCUCAGUCUACUUAAAGUUAGUGCCGUAUGAAAUGAUAUUCAACAGAUUUCAUUCUUGGUGUACGAUCACAGCAUGAAUGGCUUUAGAUUCAGUGCAACAUUUCAGUGUAUGGGGAAAUGUCUCUCUAACUUAUGCUGUUUUGUUUUUUCCAGGCAACUAGAGCAUAUCGUUCUUGUUCACUAUCGAGAAGUAAAUGAGGUAAUUUCUGUCUUUCAAAAAGAUGAAAUGCAAGUAGCCAUUGUUGAUGCAAAAUGUUGGCUAUGCUGAUUGCUACAGAAAUGACGUCGACCUGUGUUUUAAGAAAUGAAAUAUUAUUUAAAUAUCUUAUGAGUAAAAUAAAUCCCCAUUGAACUAGACAGCCACAUUUAGCGGGCUACAUGUUGCUUCAACCUGUAGGUGCGGCUUCAGAUGUUGCUGUAUACUUCUGAAGUCAAUAUUAGGCUUCCUGGAGAAUCCUGAGCAGCAUCCGCAUACAGACAGUUGCUGUUGGCUUUAUAAGCACAUGUGCUUGGCCACGAACCAUUAAUAGUUACAGCUCCAGAGGCAAAUCAUCAGUUUGGAACCCUCGUCCUGGUAUAUUCGCUUUCCAUAGCAUGUUCCACACCAGGUCCAACAUGCCACAAUGGGAGAUUUACAUCCAUCAUCGGUCUCUUAACAUUAGGACACUUGCGGGCUGUUGUUGGUUCAAUAAAGUAGUUUAUCUUGUUGACCCAUGAAUAUACAGUAAGACCUCUGUUUUGUUCCUUCAUCAAACAUGCAGUGACUGGAGUGGCCAUUGCUGUACAGCCAUGUCAUUGCUAUGUGAAAUAGUGAUGAGCAUUUUUUCUCCUAUCUGAUGGAGGAAGGCCAAAGUUGUUCAGUCACGUGACCAAUCUUUUACUGAGGGCCACCAGGCACAUAUUUGCAAUUGGUGGGAGUAACCUGGCUUGCACUUUCACUUGGACCUGCCGUGGGUUAAUCCUAUUGACCUGAUAAGUAAAUCGCAUCCAAAACCUAAUGUUUUAAGUUUUAAAACAUUACCCUAUCGAGUAUCUUGACGUUUUAAAACCUAAUGUUUUAUUUUAGGAGCUUUGCGAUUCCUAGCCAAUAUGAUGGGACUUAGUCUAGUUUGGUGAGUGAUUUAGUCCAACUUUCCUUUCCGUGUAAGUUUUGCUUGUUGCUCCAGAUGGAUUCAAGAAGGAAUCUCCAAGGGUGACCGAGGGAGGAAAUACUGCCGCUGAAAUUGAGUAGACAUCUUGCCAUCAGAUUUUAUAUUGUAGAGGUAUCAUGACAUGCAAAAAUUUCGAUCACAGUAGGGAUGUCCAGGGAUGCCAUGAGCGAGAGGAUGUAGGAGGUGAUUUUUUUAUUUUUUUUACUGGAAAUCUCCAUGUUUCUCCUUUGUUCGACGAACGUUAAGCUUUUGUGACGAAAUCUAUCAUGCUGGAAUUAUGUAAUGCGUCCAGAAAAUUUCUGGGUUUCAUAAAGAUACUUCCCACAGUUUCCAACGGGUUCCUCAUUUGUAGAAAUGAAUCGCUCAUUUAAGAUCCAUGUAAUUGAUAUUGUUUCUUGCUGACCGAGCGUACGAAGGUAAUAUGUACUUCUAAUUGUUUGCCAAUUUUCUUGAGCUGCGUUACACCCGUGUUGAGGUGUCAUUGGGUAUGCUUUCGUCCUGCUUUUUUCUGACUGAAAAACUUAACUUCUCUUUGAAUCGAAUUAGCAAUAUUUAGCUUUUUUUCCCAUUAAUAUUGAAUCAUGUUUUUUUCAGGGAAGUAAACCAGACGUUCCACAUUUAUUAUCCUCUGAUUCCGGAAUCCAAACUCAUUCUUGGGGCAUCCAAGCUACAAUUGUUGGUCAGCCAUCCUAUGCAUCAAGUCCUAGUACAGUUGCCUGGAGUGAGCAUGCUCUAUCUUCUGAACUAGAUGAUGUAGAUUCAGGGAAGGACUUCAGUGCUUCACCAUUGGUUGAGUCAAUAACAGGCUCUGUUUUUCAGAUCACUCCCAUUUCUGAACAUGUUACGUUUGAUAAAAGCGCAUCCAUAUGUGGGUCUUCUUCUCGUCCAUACACCUGGAGACAGACAGACAUCGGACUUUGGAAUUCUUUUUCUGCAAACAACACUGUUGCCGGGAACAUUGUGUCAAGCAACAGGCAUGAAACAGAUUAUAGAACGUCACAAGAAAUUGGUAAUAUUUAUGUAGACAACUGUAGAAGCCUAAAAUAGCAGGAUCCUGGAUUACUUCAUUGUCAUUGUUAUCUUUCGCAUCACUUUACUUUUUAAUGAUUUCAUCCUCAAUUUUCAUGUAUUGUAAUAAUUUCAUUGAUCAUUCCACACUGUGAUUUAUAAUUACACUUUCUUUUCCAGAUUUUCGUAAUAUUAGAAAGCGUGUUGAUGAUUGUCCACUUGUUGCAGGCUGCCACACCAGUACCUCACAUGGCAUUUACUCUGAUUCUGAUGAUGUCAAGUACGGUUUUAACAGAAGCGUUCAGGUCCUGCCCGAUAGAUAUCUUCAAAGAUUUUCUGAUGAAGAUGGAAGAAACUUUAGGGUAUUCAGUUAUAGUGUGAUCCAUUUAUUAGCUAUUUGUUUCUUUAAACUGGCAAGGGCAUCUUCUGCCUGCCUGUUUGUAAUUAAUUCAUCUCCCGGAUCACAUGAUAUGUCCAUUUUUUUAAAGAGUUUUAAGCUGUUUGAUCACUCAAAUCGCCCAUCUUUACUUGUAGGUUGUUACAGUUGUCUUGUCUUGAUCUCAGAUCAAUAUCGUAGGGUUUUCAAAUAGUUUUCAUGGGGAAAAUUCAUGGAAAGAAUUUUCCAUACACUAUUGGUGACAGAAACACGUAAUCUCGAUAACUAUAUAGUUUUUUCAAAUAGUUUUCAUUGAAAGUAGAUGCUAACAUAUUAUAGUUUGAGCAAGAUGAUGCAAUAAACCCUUGUCAUAUCAAUCACUGCUAAGAAAAAUAAAUUAUUUACCACUGGAGAAACAGGGGACAUUUAAAGGAUGUUGGGCUUAGAUAUGUGACUGAGUUACGAGGCAGGCUUCUUACAUUUGCAACAUGGAUUAAGUUACAUUUAAAAUUAUCCUUCAUGUGUCUGCUUCUACAGUUCAAAAGAUAUGCUUUAAAUUUACGAUUUUUCUUGAUCUUGAUUGGCAUGAUAUUGGUGCUAAACUGCAAUGGUCAGACAAUAAUAUUAGUUCAUACAAGGCAAUCCUCUGGUCUACAUUGAUUUAUUUUGAUGACAGAACAACCUAAGUUUGGAAAUAGGUUCCCCUUUUGAAGCCUCUAGAGCUUCUCAAAUUAUAUUUUACAAGAACCUGAAGUCUCACUACAGAUGCAGAUCUUAUGGAUUUAGAAGACCCCAACCCCCGAGCCUAAUGAAUGAAAAAUAACUCUACUGUAUAGCUUUUCAGAUUCUACCUUUAGUGUAAUGCUUUUCUUUUUCUUAAGCUUUGGAUACGAUGAUUUACUUUAUAAAUAUUUUCAACAGUAUUGUAGAAGAAUCAUACAAGGUCAAGCGUCUAUAAAUUCAGUCUUAAACACUUUGUACUUUCCCCCCUCCCGCACGUUUUGAUCCAUAUAACUGUUUUUCACAUCAGGUAGUUCAGAGGAACGAAAAUACUGAAUAUGCAGCUUGUCUUCCUGAUGAAAGGCAUGCGGGUGACUGGGCUAAUCAUGCAAAUGAUGAUGAAGACCUAUGUGGAAAGAUCGCUGGUCAGCAGGAGGGAUUCAAAAGGCUUGAUAGCUUUGGGAGCUGGAUGAGCAAAGAGAUUGGUGAAGACUGUGAUGUAUCAUUGGUGGGUACAGAUUCUCGUAACUGCUGGAAUGCACUGGAUAGUCAGAAUGAUAAUAAAGUGACCUCCAGCCUAUCACGCCAGAUGCAGUUAGACAUUGGUUCACUAGGCCCAUCACUCUCCCAAGAGCAGUUAUUUAGUAUUCUCGAUUUUUCACCAGACUGGGCUUAUUCAGGUUCUGAAACUAAGGUGAUCUCUGUCCCCCAAUAUUUCAUUAUAUCUUUGAUAAACCAGAUACCUUUCUGUGUUAUAUUUAUGCUCAUGAAAACUAUUUAUAUUUCUCACUUUUGACUAACCGAGUUUUGUUUUAGGUUUUGAUAGCUGGUAGUUUCCUAGGUGAGGUACAACACAUCGACAUAAAGUGGUGCUGUAUGUUUGGGGAAGUUGAAGUCUCUGCUGAAGUUCUCACAAGAAAUGUACUCCGUUGUCAUGCUCCCUCCCACCCCCCCGGGCGAGUUCCAUUCUAUGUUACCUGUAGCGAUCGGCUAGCUUGCAGUGAGAUUAGAGAAUUUGAAUAUCGUGACACGUUUAAAGUUGAUUUGAAUUUCUCCUGGAAAAAUGAUCGGAAUGAUGAAGUGCAUCUUCAGAUACGUUUCGCAAAAAUCCUAUCCAUAGGAGUGGACAGAAGCAAACUUUGUUUCAUUGAGAACUGCCCUAAAUGCACCAUCAAGGAGUUCUUUUCAGUUUUGAAUGAAGAAAAAAAUGAAUGGGAAAGGAUGGAGAGAAGCUGUGCGGCUUUUCAGAGUUACAAUGUUAAUCCCAGGGACAAUUUGAUACAGAAGCUUUUGAAGACCAAAUUGUACGAGUGGCUUUUGAAGAAAUCUCAUGAAGAUGGCAAGGGACCUAAUGUGUUAGAUGAGGACGGUCAAGGUGUCAUCCACUUGGCGGCUGCUCUCGGUUAUGAAUGGGGAAUGAAGCCAAUAAUUGCUGCUGGUGUUAGUCCAAGUUUCAGGGAUGCACAUGGCUGGACUGCACUGCAUUGGGCUGCCUAUUUUGGCAGGUUGGUUUUUAAAUUUUUUUAUGUGAUCAGCUUUAAAGACACUUUCUAACUAGUUGUCUCGUUUGUUCUGUCAUGUAGAAUUCCGAUUGACUCAAUUCAAUCUGGAAUUUCCAUAUAGAACCCUCUAAAGAGGAAAAACAAAUGUCGGAGGUAAAGCCACAACUUCUGUGCAUCUCUGCGAUGGAUAAAUCCCCAUGAAAAAGGCGCAGCUUUCAUGUAGUUUGGGCUGAAGUGAUCCGAGAGGAGUAGUACAUAUGGCGUGACGCUGGAUGAGAAUCUCUAGGUUGAAAUGGGCGGGACCCACCCACUCUUCCCCCCAACAAAAGAAAAUAAAAAAGAAAAAGGAAAAAACAUUGUACCAUAGAACGAGAGAAUGUCUUUACAAGGCAUGCAAUAGUGUUGACAUUUGGUUGUUGAGAUGAAGAAGGAAGCACUUGAGUGAUCUUCCGGAAUGUAUGUCAUGAAAAUUUCCAAGGUGUUUCUUUUUUUAACAUACAUGAUUUUAUACUGACCAUAAAUGCAUGGAGACUGUCUUCUUGUAGAAAUCCAUCUUUUAAGGGUAGCAUAGAUUUCCAAGGUGCAUGGAACCAUGUAGGAAAACUAUGUCAUCGUAACCCUGGCACUCAGUCAGCGUCGUUGUAGUUUGAUGGUUUUUAUAGUCAGUAAUAGAUACAAUUAGUUUAUAGCUGGGAUGAAUUUAUCAUACUGUGUACCAUAUGGCAGCAGUAAGCUAAACUGAAGCAGGUAAUUUCCUCUGUACCCUCUAAUUAUCCCGAGUGAGUCGUCCAACACAAUCUUUGUCGCGUAAGUCUUUCACAGUGGAAGGGCUUAGCUUCUGAAGAAUUAAUACCUGCGUGUGCUAGGAAAUAUUCCAUGCUUCCUCCGUAUGAAUGCUCUAUUUUUUGAUGAUUUGUGUCUGGAGUGUUCCUUCAGAAGAGAAGCUUUUCUGCUUUUUAGGCCACUAAGUUAUUAUGUUAUCAAACGUUUAGUAUGGACUUCAUCCUGUCAUAGAUUAACUGUCCCCUCCUUUUUCAGGGUGUAAAAGAAUCUGCUGCUUCUGAUAAAAAUGAGCUAUAUAAGCCUUAUUUAUUUUGGUAAGCUAAAUGAAAAAUGUCAUCUGAAUUUUGGUAUUUAAUUUUGUCUCCUGGCGGGGCCAUGCUCGCCUACACUUGCCAUUUUUUUUUUCUACGCAUGUUGUACUCCGAUAAUAUUGCAUAAUGGCUAACAUAAACUCCUGGUUUUUACUUGAAAGAAGCUGCCGUUUCUUUAUUUUUUGAAUUCUUCUUUCCUAGCUUUAUUUUCUCUAUUUGAAAUGCAAGUAUCAUUUCUCUUGCAAUUCCAUUUAUGCCCAACCUUUUUUCUUAUGUAGCUGCCCCCUAACCUUUCAAUGUUGAUAUUAGGGAGGAAACAGCGGUGACUCUGGCCACACUGGGCUCAUCUCCUGGUGCACUGACAGAUCCAACAAGAAAAUAUCCCGAAGGACAGACUGCUGCUGAUUUAGCAUCAGCUAGGGGGCAUAAGGGCAUUUCUGGGUACUUGGCUGAAGUCGACUUAGCAGGUCAACUUUCUUUGCUGGUUCAGAAGGAAAGCGUCAUGGAUAGUGUUGCAGCUGCCCUUGCGGCGGAAAAGGCUAUUGAAACUGUAGGAGAUGACGGCACGGGCACUCUAGAUGGAUACGAAGGAGAAAAGCUAUCGUUAAGAGGAUCCCUUGCAGCAGUAGGGAACUCUGCCCAAGCAGCUGGUCGAAUUCAAGCUGCCCUCCGAGUUCGUUCAUUUUGCCAGAUGCAGUUGGGGAAAAAUUGUGGCAUUACAGAUGAAGAAAUGCUAGUUUCCAGCUUAAACGGAAAAUCCCAGAAAACAACUCAUUUCAGCGAUUCAUUGCAUAUGUCUGCUGUGAAAAUCCAGCAGAAGUACCGUGGAUGGAAAGGUCGAAGAGAAUUUUUGAAGAUACGUAACCAGAUUGUCAAAAUUCAGGUACUACAUGCAACCCAAGUGAAUUUAAUGUCUUCGCGAAAGUAUUCCAUUCCGAUUUUCAAACGAGAGAAGAUGUAGAAAACAGAAUAAGAAAUGGAUCAGAUUUUAACGUUACUUAUUAUGAUCAUCAAUUAUUGCUAUCAGCUUUUUCAACAUUUUUAUUGGCCUUAUUCCAUCAACAUGGGAUCAUCUAGAUCAAAAUAUCGAAGAGAUUGAUUAAAAUCUCUUCCCUGUUGUUCACUCAACCGUGGUCAAAAGUUGAUUCCUGACGUCUAAUAACAACCAUCAUGAAAUCAAUGUGAAAAUAUGUUUUCUAACUUGGGCACGGAUCCGGUUUUGGAAUGUGCACCGUCUUAUGCAUCGAAUAAGUUGGCAAAACCACGACCGGAUUGCAUUGAGUUGUCUUAUUUUAUGGAUCUAUUGAAUCUGCAUACAAACUAUGCUUACUUGCGUGUGACUCAUAUUUGCAAUAAGUUCAUGUGUUCUGUGUACGGCCAACCUUCGAGAUGUUGGGGUUAAGAUUUCCGAAGGAAGAGUUCGACAUUUUCCAGAAUCCUUAGAGGACUACAACAUUUUCUGAGGGAGAAGAAAAUAGUGGAGAGGAAGAAGUAGAAGAUCUGAUUAGAUUGUCGUGUUGUUGACCGAUUAUAAUUUAUAUGCCUGUCAGGAAUAAAGGAAAAUAAGAGAUUCUUAGACAUAGCAGGCAGCAGCCUCGCAAAUCUUCUUUUCAUUCAUGAAAUCUUCAUAUUUUCUCCAGCGAUCUGAUAAUAUCUCCAUGUCUACCUGUUCGAACCACUUAAAUGACUGAUAUUUCGAAAGCUGUUAACCAAAUGGGCGGAUAAUUGCAAGGAGAAACCAUUUGUUGUGCCGUUCCAUGCACCUCAUCAUCAUGCUUCAAUUCUAUUGAGAUGUUGAAUUAAAAAUGCCAUGCCGGGUUCAUGUUAUUUUUUUCCUGCUCUCAGGUUGACAUGAAUCUCUUUUGAAACGACGGCGUGAUUUCUUUACUCGGUGUGCCAUCUUUACUUUCAGGCACACGUCAGGGGACACGGAGUUCGCAGGCAGUAUAAAAAAAUUGUCUGGUCUGUGGGUAUUGUGGAGAAGGCCAUACUGCGCUGGAGGCGCAAAGGAAGCGGCUUGCGUGGAUUUCGGGGCGAAGAGGCGAAUGGCGAAGGCCGCCAUGGGGACGCAGAGGAGACGGAUGAAUAUGAUUUCCUCCAUCUCGGUCGGAAGCAGAAGGCCGCCGGCGUGGAGAGAGCUCUUGCCCGAGUUCAGUCCAUGGCCCGCUGUCCAGAGGCCCGGGACCAGUACAUGAGGAUGGUGGCAAGAUCCCAGAAAUCUGACGAGGUGUUCCUCCGCCUUUUCCCUUAUUCAUCCUCCCCGCGCGGUCAGAAGCAUCUACGCUGACUCUCCUCACCGGUUGAUCGGGGACAACAAGUGGCAUGGCAUCACCUACGCUAGUUGACUUACUCACUCUCCUCUGGCGACUGCGUCGAUUCUCGAGAGUAUUUGACCUUGUCGACGGGCAACUUCCUUUCUGAUGUGGUGCUGUGAUUGACCCACCUUGACCAUUUUUUUUCUCCAGGGGGGACGGCGUAGGACGGACCGCAUCAGGAUUACGGAGGAAGAUCAGCAAGGAGAGAAGGAUACGCCGACAUCCACCAACCCGUAG